CAGCGAAACUUGCCAUUAACCAACCUGGUUAGCCUGUUCUUGCACCGUCAUGUCCUUUUUUGGGUUUGAUGUAAGGCUUCCGAGGGACAUUAAGGGUGCUGCUGUUCCUGCGGCGGAUGAAGAAGGCAUUGAUUUUGAGGAUACAUACGAUGAUCUUGCUGCAAAUUUACAAGAGAGUGGUGAUGACUUGAAUGAUGAGACUUUUGGAAUGAGCGUUGAGGGCAUUGGCCGUGAUUUUGACUUCUCUGGUGAAACAGCCCAAGCCGCUUCAAAACUUGAAGCAGAACAGCUUGCUUUCGAAGAUUCGAGAGUUCGACGUCACGCUGGGAAACAGCCUGCUUUAGACAGCGGUAGAUCCGACUCUAGUAACGACUUUAAUGUUGAACUGGAAAAGAAGCUUCCUGAGCUACAACCGAUGGCUUCCAUUUGGGAAAACAUUGCUCCCGCUCCAGUGUCUACACACCCCGGUGCAACUCAACAGCCAAAGGAGAACGUACUUAGCGUGGAACAGCUUGAAGCACAAAUUCUUGCUUCUAGAAAGCCUGAAAACAAACCGGACGCAGCAGCCAACCUUUCUCCGAAUGCGAGUGCUGUUCCCCCUCCCGUAUACUUGACUCCUGGACAGUCUGCUGCAGCUCUUGCAGAGCCAAAUUAUGGCCUCCCACCACCUCCCAUGGGAUUGUCUCAUUUGAUGGGGAACGCUGGUCCGGAGUAUCCGGACGCACAAGCUUUUGCGAAUAUGCACAUCGGAUAUCCUCCGGUUGCGCAACAGUAUGGAAACCAACAGGCAUACAUGCCGAACAUGCAAAUAACAGAGCUACUUCAGCGAGAGCGUAUGGCCCAAGCUCAAAUGCAGUAUCUGAAACAGCAACAUGUCGAAAAGACCCGUCAGUUAAUCGGCCGAUGCGCUGGUCUAAUGACGAACAGCGACAAGUCGUUUAUCACCCGUAUACAACUCUCACAGUUGGUGUCAGAAGACCCAAGCUCAGAUGACUUUUAUUAUCGCGUUUACAUGCUUAUUCGCGGAAGAAAGCCUUCUCAAGAGGAUGCGAAUCAUUUUGUACAAACGUACCUGGGUUCGGGUGGUUUCCGUCGUGGACGUCGCUCAGAAAACCCUAUGCAAAAGGUACAACAACAACUGUUGCGUUUGGUAGCAGCGGCAAAGGAGCGUCCUAAGACUACGCAACUCUUCUUGGAAGGCGCUUUGGGAAAAAUUGCAUUCAACACAGUUCGUACACCUCGCCAGUUGUUGAAUGUGAAGCGCCCUUCAGAGCAGGAAGUUGCUCAACAAAGAAAAACGCAUUUUACUGGUUUUAGUUCACCUAAAGACAUUUUGGGCGCCAUUGAACAUGUAUACGAUGAUUUGCUGAACUUUGAACAGACUCUGCGUAAGGGCUCCUCUAUUGGAAGCGAUCCAAACACGGUUGCUCUGUGGAAGAAUGAAGUCCAAACCAAGUUGGAUAAGCUUCGUAGCAGCUUGCACCUUAGUGACGAGGCGGUAACUUCUACCGAUCAAAUGCCGCCGUUCUUGUCUAUGGCUGCCUAUUCCAAGGGAAUGCGUAUCCUUCCUCGGUUAUUCCCCCACUUGAGCAUUCAACAACAAAGACAAAUUUUGAGUCUAUUCUAUUCUCAUAUUGAUAGUCUGAAGGUUGUAAAGAAUGGCACAUUCGAUGUAAAUGGCGAAUUACCUCCUGGCAUCGCUGAAUCCAUUCAAGCAUUCACACAAUACGUGCUUCCUUCUAUAUUGAACUGUGUGAAUGAAGCAGACUUACAUUUCAUCACGAGUCUUUUUCUGCAAGUUCUGCGAAACUCGAACUUAACAUUUAUAAUACAAACUAGAGUUGGCGUGUCAUUCCUGACCAUGUUAAUUAGUCGCGCAGAGACUCUCAAACAGGCUGGUACUAGCGAUCCUGCAGAUGUCGCGAAUUGGGAUCAACAAUUUAAUGUCUUCUUUAACGCCGUUACGACCCACUUUUCCUCUGUUUUCCCUCCUCCCAAUGCCCGUGCCUACGCGGAUGAUUCGUAUCCUUGGGAAUUUCUUGCUUCCUGUGCUGCCGCUGCUUCCUCAAAUCAGCAUUUCACUUUAGUGUCUGAAACAAGAGAUCGUGUCUUGGAUAACAUUAUUACUAGCAGAAGGGCUCCUCCAGAAAUUGCGCUUGUCCGAAUCUCAAAUGUCAACCUCUUUCUUAAUGCUAUGGGCCUGGAUGCUAAACAGCUUAACGCAUAAUUUUCUGAUGUGAUGAUAAUGAAGACUGGCAGUUCGCUCUAUUAAAAAAAGACUGCAUAAGAGCAAAAACAGUCUACAAGAAGAUCUAUUGUUAUCUAACAAGGCCUUCUGGUCUUUCGUUUGUGCUAGUUUGGUAGCAUGAGUUUUUUGUCAGCCUGUUUCGUGUUACCACGCAUUAUAGCUCAAUAAAGAUGGGCGUUCAAAACACUUGCAGCCAUGCGAAUACGAAGUUCGGGCAUGUCUGAUUGUGUGAAGUCAAUGGGGCCGGCACGGGCUACACACUCUGCCGUUUUACAAGCGAAAACUCCGCAAUCGUAGCCGUUUUGUUGACGUGGGCAGUUUGAGUCAAUAUGGUCUGUCCAGCCCGAUAAGUCAAUGCCCCCUUUUGUCUCUUCUGCAUAAUACAGACGCAAAAGUUCAAAGGCUUUGCCGGGACUGCCACCCAAGGAGUCCCAAUACUCAAACCGUUUGUCCUUUUUGUUGAUGACUGCCAUGCACCAGUGAAUUCCAAGGUGCACGGGUAUGAGCACAAAAUCCAUGUCCUUGAUGACAACCUUAGCUUUUCUGGCCCAACGUCGAACACCGGCAUAUCCUCGUUUUUGUAGUGUCGGGUAAAAAAAUGUAUUGAAAGCGUGGACUUUAGGGAGUUUUGAGUCAUGUUUUGAUCUCUCGGCAACAAGCUGUACGUAAAAGUUGAUGACCUCGUCGUUCAACCAGUUUUUAUCUUUCAGAGUUUGAAUAUCCUUGAUCGUGAUGGGGAUAUUGAACUUGGAAACGAGCGUCUUAUCUUGCGGCUCAUUUUCGUUAUAAAGGAUGUCGAGCGUUUUCUGUCGAACGUCUUUAGGAAGCGGUUUUUCCACAGCACUCGGGACCGGUACUGGCUUGAUGGGUUUCUUGAGAAAUUCAAGCUUGUCCCAAUCGUGGAAAGCCUCCUUCUGUUGCUCCUUAAGCCGAUGAAUAAGAGACAAAAGCGAGUUUUCCUCAGGCAAAACGGACUGCCGCCGAGAGGCUUGGAGACCAGGCAUGGAAGCACGCAGCGUCAACGAAGUCUUAAACCUCUCGGUGAAGGGUAGCUCAGGAGUGAGGCUGACCUCAGCUGCUUCCUUUGGCCGGCUUUGCUUGGAAGGGGUUCGUAUUUCGUCUUCAAUCAUCGGACUUAGACUCUCUCGUCUGCUCAUGGAUUCUCUUCUCCGUUGAAGAGCAAAGAAUAGACGUUCGCGGGUAGUUGGAGGAUUUAGUGUCCGAUGUGGUUUUGGAACGACUGGCCGAAUGGAACUGUUUUUAGGAUAGUCCUUAUUGGUGCUGUCGUUUGGAUUCGUGUAGUCAUUUCUCUCAUCAAGACUGGGUGCAUUUUCGUUUUCAUUAAAAAAAUCAUUAAACCCGCCAGCACUUUUAUUAUGGUACAGGGAAGAAGUUGGGUGCCGGGAGCUUGGUGAAAGCGAUUUUUCAUAAACUUUUGAAUCCUCAAUUUCCGCAUUUUCAAAAGAUUCGUCGUAAGUAUCCUCAGUAAUUUCAAUUGGGUUAUCAGCUGGGUGAAAAGUCA